AUGUCAGAGGUUGUUGCAAUGCUUAGCAAUGACAGUGUGACCCUACCUGCGCCGAAGCACCCAGCAUUUUUCUACCUCAGGGUGACAAACGAAGAGCCGUCAACUGUUGUUGUGGCAUCCAGUGCUAAUGGAAUGACAAUUUCCGCUGUAGAUGGCAGAUAG